UGGAGCACUUGGAGGGACCAGGAUUAGGACCAGCUGGAGUUGUACCUGGUGGUGCCGGUACAGGCUAUGGACCUGGUGGCAUUGUCCCUGGUGGAGCUGGUACAGGCUAUGGACCUGGUGGCGUUGUCCCUGGUGGAGCUGGUACAGGCUAUGGACCCGGUGGCGUUGUCCCUGGUGGAGCUGGUACCGGCUAUGGACCCGGUGGCGUUGUCCCUGGUGGAGCUGGUACAGGCUAUGGACCCGGUGGCGUUGUCCCUGGUGGAGCUGGUACAGGCUAUGGACCUGGUGGCGUUGUCCCUGGUGGAGCUGGUACAGGCUAUGGACCCGGAGGAUAUGCAGGAGCAAAAGCAAAUAAAUAUGGACUCCCUAGAGGUGUGGGAGGUGCCCUGGGAGCAGGAGGACUUGGGGUUGGAACUGGGCCAGGGUCUGGACUUGGAGUUGGUGGAGGGCUUCCUGGAGGAGGUGGGGUGGCAACUGGUGGUGGGCCUGGAUCAGGACUCGGGACAGGAGGGACACCUGGUUCUGGCAUUGGAACAGGAGGUUUAGCAGGAGGCUUUGGACCAGGCAGUGCCGGAGGAUAUCCUGGUGGUGCAAAGUCUCUCAAAUAUGGACUUCCUGGGGGAGGAGGAUAUCCUGGAUCUGGAUUUGGGGGUCCAGGAACUGGAGCAGCUCUUGAUGUUGGCAGAGGAUAUGGACCUGGAAGUGGCUCGGUUGCUGGAACUGGAUAUGUGCCAGGAGGAGGUUAUGGUGUAGGCCCAGGAGCUGGAUAUGGGACAGGUUAUGGGCCAGGAUCUAAACCCUCUAAAUACGGUCAAGUUGGAACAGGUGGUGGCGGAGUGCUUGGAGGGGGAGCCGGAAGAGGUGGCUAUGGACCUGGAUCUGGAGGUCAAGGCCAGACAGGCGUUGUUGUACCUGGGGCAGGAGCAGGAACCAGUGUUGAUGUAAAUGGAACCGUCAGUGGUGCAAGACCAACACCUCAACCUGGUGAAGGAAGACCUGGAUCUCCAGAUGGCACAUCAACACCAGCAGGAGAAGGUGAUGGUGGUGCAAGCACUACGUUAGAGGGCUCUGGGAUUCCUGGAGGAGAUGGACAGACUGGUGUAGGUGGAAAACCACUGGGAGGCGAGGGAGAUAGUGCAAAUGGAACCAGUAUCCCCAUCAUUGGAGCAGCACCAGCUGGUGGUUCACCUGUACAAACAGAUGGAGGAACAGGAGUUGGUGGAACAGGACUUCCCCCUGGAGGUCCUGAAGGUGAUCUCUCCGGGGGAGGACUCCAACAAGUCAGUCCUCUCAAACCUCCAGGUGUUCCAAGAGGCGACACACCAGGUGAGGGAGAUGGGGAAGGAGGUCCUGAUGGAGAAAAAGAUGGAAAGCCCGGAAGUCCGAUCGGCGCCGGGGGAACUGGAGACGUUUCUGGAACACAAACAGGAGUGGGAAGAGGCGACAGUCCAGCCACUGGAAGUGAAAUCAGACCAGCAGGAGGAACAGCGAAACCACCUCAAGGUGUUGGACCAGGUGGAGUCGGUGGGGUGGCAGGAGUUGGGAUGGUACCUGGAGCUGGUGGGAUAGCAACAGAAGUCGUAAAACCUGGAAAAAGCUACGGUGCAGGUGGAGUUUUACCAGGUGGAGGGCCACGGUACCCUGGUGGCUAUGGUACUGGUACAGGAGGUUUUGGUGUAGGUCCAGGUGGAUAUGGUACUGGGUCUGGUGGAUUUGGGAGACCCAUUGGCGGUUCUGGCAGUGUUGGGACUCCUGGGGUUGGAACAGGCCCUGGAGGUGUAGCACCAGGCUCGGGUAGCGUCAGCGUUGGGCUGGGUGGAUAUGGUGGUGGCAUCGGACCUGAUGGUUCUAGAUAUGGCACCGGUUCCGGACCUGGGAAACCCCCAAAAAGUUAUGGAGCUGGAGCUGGCCUUGGCAGCUAUGGAACUGGAUCAGGGGGAGUUGGUCCAGGUGGCUUGGUGCCUGGUGGUGGUUACGGACCCAGCGGUACUGGUCAAGCCGGACUUGGUCCUGGUUCUGCUGGCACAGGACUGGGAGGUGUUGGAACUAGACCAGGUACCUUUGGUGGUGUUGGUACUGGUGGAGUAGGGCCUAUUCCUGGAGUUUAUACUGGAGGUCAAGGACUGGGAGCAAGAAAACCGUCAAAAACAGGCUACGGAACAUCACUGGGUGGAGCUGGAUAUGGACAAGGUGCAGCAGGAGGAGUCGCACCUGGUGGAGCUGGGACUGGACCUGGCAGAUAUGGACCUGGAUCUUUUGGGACUGGAGGAGUCGCACCUGGUGGAGCUGGGACUGGAACUGGAGGCUUUGGACCAGCUGGUGCUGGAUCUGGAGGCUUUGGACCAGCUGGUGCUGGAACUGGAGGCUUUGGACCUGCUGGUGCUGGAACUGGAGGCUUUGGACCUGCUGGUGCUGGAACUGGAGGCUUUGGAACAGCUGGUGCUGGAACUGGAGGCUUUGGACCUGCUGGGGUUGGGAUUGCAACUGGUUUUGGACCUGCUGGUCAAGGACUAGGAAAAAGGAAACCUAAAUCUGGUUAUGGAGGAACUGGUUAUGGUCCAGGAGGUUCAGGAGGAGCCGGUCUUGGUGGAACUGGAGCUAGACCUGGAGGAUACGGCCCAGGUGGCACUGGAGGUGCUGGAUCCACUGGUUUUGGUUCUGGAGGAACUGGAGGAGGCAGCUUUGGUACUGGAGGAACUGGAGGAGGCUGCUUUGGUCCUGCAGGAACUGGAGGAACUGGAGGGACUGGAGGAGGCAGCUUUGGUACUGGAAGAACUGGAGGAGGCUGCUUUGGUCCUGCAGGAACUGGAGGGACUGGAGGAGGCAGCUUUGGUCCUGCAGGAACUGGAGGGACUGGAGGAGGAAGCUUUGGUCCUGCAGGAACUGGAGGGACUGGAGGAGGAAGCUUUGGACCUGGUGGCCAAGCACUUGGAUCAAGAAAGUCUGGAUAUGGUUCAACUUUGGGUGCAACUGGAUAUGGACAAGGAGUUGGAAGCCGUCCAGGUCCAGGAACAGGAGGAUAUGUAGGAGGGGGACCAGGUACUGCAGCUGGAGGUGCAGGAGGCACUGGAGGAGGUCAAACAGUUGGAGGAGUAGGCGGUCUACCAGGAGGGGGAGCUGUGCCUGGAUAUGGCGGAGUGGCAGGAGGAGGCUAUCCAGGAUAUGCAGGGACCGGACAAAAAUCCAAAGCACAGAAGGCAGCCAAAUAUGCAGCCAUGCAGGGCUUCCUUGGAACUGGAGGCUACAGAGCUGGAGGCUGUCAGGGAAACUACUGUGGCCGAAGGAGGAAGUGAGAGACCGACCGACAGGAAGUGACCUCAUUGAGACAACAGUGGUGCUAUAGCAUGAUUACAGCUUGUGAAUGUCUUAGCUGAUUUAGAAACUAAGGCCUUAACACGUUCGAAAAGCUACAUUUCUAUACAUUUUUCUGAAUAUUUCUUAAAAUCAGCCUUCUGUUGUAGACUAGUUUAAUUUAACAGUGUAUUUACAUUCGUUUUCUACAAGAAAAGAACAAAAAUUGGAGAAAACAAUUUAUUAUAAAGUCUGUCUAGGCUGAGAAUCCAAAACAACGAGUCACAUUUUAUGGCCAAGCUGUUAAAUGUAAUGUUUUGUUCAAAGAUGCUGUGUUAGAUAUGAACUGCAAUAUUGUUUAUUAUGAUUUUUUUGGGCAGAUCCUUCAGCUCUGUCUGCAUGCUGACGCACUGUUAAGAUACUAUUCAAUAAAAUUGCCUUAAUACACUAACACUGAAUUUAUCUUUAGUUUCACAGUUGUCAAAGUCAUUUUUAACCCAAACAUUUUAGACGGAUCUAUAAGCUUUCAGUAGAUAAAAUACAGAUAUUUUUGUUUUUGUGGAAGGAAGAACAACAGCUUUAAUGUUCUUCCUAUAAUCCUUGAACAGAUUUUGUUCGUGUCACUGUAUUCACACCUCAGGACCUGCAGAUUUUAACAUUUCUUACAAAGUAACAAAGAAUUUUUAAUGUAAAAUUCUAGUUAAUGUGUUUGUAUUUAUGCAGUAAGGAUGUUGUAUUGUUACAGAAAGUAACAAUGUGACUUUCUGUCAGAUUUUUUAUGUGACAUUGAUAAAAUCUAACCAAAUAUGAAUUAUGAGAAAAAAGGACAACAACUUUUAACUACUUUUCAUUCUUGUCUUGUAACACUGUUGAAAAAAAUGAGCUCACACUUACUAGUAUUUUUAAAUUAUGCAAAUAAAUGUAUUUGGACACUUCUUUUAUUUGCCUACAUCUUGUAAGUGGGCGUUUUGAAACAUGUCUAACACCUUCAUAAAUAGAUUGUGUGUUUUCUACAUUGUCCCUAGUAAUCUAGAUAAUUUUAAAAUCUUAAUGUAAAUGAGCUUGUCUUUCUAUCCUGUAGCUCUAUAUGUGUUUAACAUUUGUUUUGUUUGUUUUGCCUAUGAAGAAAAUUAUGAGCUUUUGUACAUUGUUUCCUGAAGUAAAGAGAAGAACAAUAAAAUCUGGUUCUAAUACGGA